UUAAUCAAAAAAAAAAAGAAAAGAAAAUGGGUAUUAUCCAUCUUGCUUAUGGAUUCUUCUUCUUCUUCUUGCUAUGGAAAUUGAUAAAUGCUUGUCUUCUAUCCCCUUUUCGAACGCUCCGAAAGCUUCGUAAGAAUGGUUUAAGAGGGCCCACUCCAAAUUUUCCUAUGGGAAAUUUGGGUGAUAUGAAGAAAAUGCUGAUUAAAGCGAAAUCUUCAUCUUCAUCAUCCUCUGAAAGUAUUUCCCAUGAUAUACAUUCAUCUUCUCUACCAUACUUUUCUCAAUGGAAAAAUCUGCAUGGAAAUGUAUUUGUUUAUUGGAUGGGAGUAGAGCCAUUUUUAUACAUAGCUGAUCCAGAGUUUUUGAAACAAAUGUCUGGCUGCGUACUGGCCAAGAACUGGGGCAAACCUAGUGUGUUUAAAAGUGAUAGAAUGCCAAUGUUUGGAGAAUUUGGCCUUAACAUGAUAGAAGGCCAUACAUGGACUCGCCACAGGCAUAUUAUUACUCCAGCUUUCUCUUCCAUCAACUUGAAGGGCAUGGCAAAUUGUAUGGUGGAAUCUACAACUAAGAUGAUAAGCCAAUGGACUAGUCUACUAGCUAACUCAAGCAAGCUUGAAUUGGACAUGGAGAAGGAAGUCACAAGUUUAGCUGGGGAGAUUAUUGCUAAAACUAAUUUUGGAAUCGAAAGCAAAUUGGGAAAUAUAUUGUUUGAAAAAUUAAGAGCUAUGCAAAUUAGCUUAUUCAAGCAUACACGUUACGUUGGUGUUCCUUUUGGUCAAUUUUUGGCCAUACGACAAACCAUAGAAGCCAGAAGGCUAGGGCAAGAGAUUGAUGACAUAUUAUUGUCCAUUAUAAAUGCAAGAAGAAAACUUAUCGGUGUCGAACCUCAACAUGAUUUUCUAGGAUUACUGCUUGAGAGUGAAGAACAUGUCGAUGGUCAAUUUGUGAGGAGAUUAACAAAUAGAGAAUUGAUUGAUGAAUGCAAGACGUUCUUUUUUGGAGGGCAUGAGACGGUUGCAUUAGCAAUGACAUGGACGUUAAUGCUUUUGGCCAUGUACCCAAAAUGGCAACAUGAAUUAAGAGAAGAAAUCAAAGAAGUGAUCGGAGAUAAUGAUAAUAUUGAUUUCACCAUGCUUUCUGCUCUUAAGAAGAUGGGAUGGGUAUUUAAUGAAGUAUUACGAUUAUAUCCUUCAUCACCAAAUGCACAAAGGCAAGCAAGAAGUGACAUACAAGUAGGCGAUAGAGUGAUCCCAAAUGGCACGAACAUAUGGAUAGAUGUUGUGGGCAUGCAUCAUGAUCGAGCUCUAUGGGGUGACGAUGUUAAUGAGUUUAAACCUGAAAGAUUUGACGGGGAUUUAUAUGGUGGGUGCAAGCACAAAAUGGGUUAUUUACCCUUCGGAUUUGGAGGAAGAAUGUGUAUUGGCAAAAAUUAUGCAGUCAUGGAAUACAAGAUCGUUAUGUCAAUAAUUCUUCGACAAUUUUCAUUUACGGUAGCACCUUCAUAUCGCCAUUCUCCGAUGUACUUUUUCUCUUUUAAACCUAGCUCCGGGAUGCCUCUCAUAGUUGAGUCUCUAUAA